AUUAGCGGUAUCACUGAUCUUCUGCCUACACCGAUUCUUCAGCGUGAGAUUUGAUAAUUUGUUAAUUUUUUUUUGUAGGGGUUGAAAUAAGUGAAGUAUAAACAUAGCGUAUAUAGCUUGCGACACUGCUAAUUUUGUAAAAAGACUCUACUUUUUCUAUUAUGUCAUUUCAUUCAACAUCUGAUUAUCAUUUUGUGUGUUUUAAAGUUGCAAUUGGGCCGCUAACGACGCAGCGACUAAGACUACACACUACCGCUACAACCGACUAAAACAACGAACCGUAUAUCUUACAACUGAAUACUACAAUCGCAACAAAAGAACGUGAUGAACACUUAACUCAGAAUGCCGAAUUUUGGCUUUGAAAAACACAGAAGGACUACAAAUUACUACAACUGAAAAAAGUCCACACAACAUUUUAGAAUUAGCAUUAAAAGUUAAAAUUAAAAGUCAAGGCAGUAUUAACCCUCUUAGGACCGAGCCUUUUUGGGUGUAUGUGCCAAAAAGACUGAGCAAUUUUUUACGAGCUCAGCACUCGCAUUGCAAAAAAAUUCACAAAAAAUAAACUAUUUACUUAAUAUAUGUUACAUAUUAUGUAAAACUAUAUAUAUUCUUGUAGGAAAUUAAAUGAACUAAUACAAUCUUUAUGAAUCAAACUGAAAUAUCAACAUUUAUGCAAAUGAGCUACCCUGAUUUGCAUAAUUUAUGCGUGUAAUUUUUUGUUACACCUAGAAUAAACUUGAUUUGCUUGUAUCAAUUGUGUGAAUUUUUUGAUGGAUGAACCCUAAAUAAGUCCUAAAACUUAUGUUUUGGGGAAACAAGGCUGGAUGUUACUGAGAAAGUUGUCUGCAUAUCUAUUGGUCUCUCUCAUAAACAUUUGAAUGAUAUUUAGUGUAAAAAAUAUCAUAAAGUACUCAAAUGGUGUGCUUAUGCGUUAUUUAUGGGACCUAUGUUGUCUAAAAAUUCAGAGGGGUAUUCCCUGUCCAGUUGAGUACCCCUAAUACUAGUAAUACUAAACCAAGAGUUCACAACAUUAGCAUUACCCUCAAUUUGAAAGUCUUCAUUAAUUUCCUGGUUGUUUUCAUCAGUUUCAGUGUCAAAUUCACUGCUAGAACACCAAAAAUACUAAGCACAGUUUGAUCAGCGUCACUGUCAGACAUGUUCAAAUUUCACGAUAUAACUACACACACACACAAAAAUUCCUGCACACAAAUAAAUUGAGUUCACCAUCAACGAACGCUGACAUUACAAUGCAGGAAUACGUAAGAAUAAUUUUGAUUCGCUGGUACAACGCCAAGCCAGCCAAUUGUGAGGCUCGAUUUAUUGGGCCGGCGGCUCGGACUUACGUCUUUCUCGCUAGUCAACCUGGGCCGAUAGAUUGGCCCUUACGUCCCAAGAGGGUUAAUAGAUUUUAGCUUAGAAUGAAAUGAAUCUUUUUAAUUUUGCCUUCAAAUUUUUCCCUGCAUAUUUCAUACAAUAUAUUCAUUUAAUUACCAUAUAUAUUCUUUUUAAAGCCCAAUUAAAAAAAAAGUAUUUCAAGGGCAUAAAAUGGGCAGGCAUGGAUCUUAUGAAAUGUUAAUCGUUUUCUCUAGACUCUAGGUAAAUUUAUUCAAUUGUAUAAAAAAAACAAUGUUGAAAAAACGAAUUAACCUUAUAGUAUGCAUUAGCAUUCGUUACAUUUUUAUGAGGCCUAAAGCACAGGCAAGUCAAAAGUCGCUAGGCUAAAGAGGCCUCUGUCUUGAAUCUACACUCAAACUACUCAUGAACUCUAUUUCUCAGCCACUAUUUACUAUUUGGUAAAGUUCUUUUGUUCAUCCAUUUCUUUAUUUAAGUUCAGUUAGAGCUGACCCAAUUAUCAAGUUCUAUUGUUUUUUUGUACUCAUCAAAAUUCUGUAUCUGACAGAAAUAUCAACCACUGAACAGGAGUAACACAAACUCGCUGUAUCUUAGUUGGUGCCACGCCUACGACUACAGAAUUAAUUCCUUUAAUUAUCUAGAAGUAAAAGAUCAAGAUGUGGUUUGAUGAAAUGGGAGAGAUCUUUGAAAUGUUCAAAGGGAGCUUCCCCUUAUCAUUCCUGUUUUUUGUACCAAUCUUAAUAAUAAUAUCACCUGUGAGCCCAGUAAAUGCAGCCCAAGAGUUUGGUGUUUACAGGAUGCAACAUUAUGAUCUUCAAGGAACAAGCUAUGGUAAAAUAUUUUAGUGUUGACAACAAAAGUUAUGUAUUGAUCAAUAGGCAUUUAGAUUAACCUAAUCUUGUAUUUUAUGAUAAUCAGUGGAUUGGAGUAAAGUAAAUGAUUAUUGAAGAUACUAAAGAAUCCUUAGACUGAUGAUUAAUUACUAUGGGUGAAUCCAUUCUUCUUCUUUUUUUAAUGUAAAUGUCAGCAACUGUUUUUGUUUUAUCUACCUCAUGAAAGUUGAAAGUAAAAACUAUUGAAGCUUGCAGUUUGUCAAAAAAGUUGACAAAUUGAAUGAAUAAAUAAACAUUCUUAAAAUGUGUUAUAACUAGUUGACAACUUAAGUGAAUAUUGGUUCUACUGAAACAUUUGUAGUUUUACGGGAAAAAUUAAUCACUGCAUAAGCAUUGCUAUUUCUCACUUUUGUAGGUAGUAAAAAUUCAAUCAUUAAUAUGGAAGCAAGGUCUGUUAAUUCUAAAAUGCUGACACGUCGCUGUGCUGUAGCAAAGUUACAGGAUGUUACUAUGCCAAAGUAUAGAGACUUGAUGACUCAAAAUGCAGCCUCACUUUUGAUAAUUCUUCCUAAGAAUUUGAACAAUUUAUCAUUGGAUGAGAAACAGGUUUGUCUUUAGCAAAUUGAUCAUUGUGUAAUUGAUUGGGAAAAUUUUUGUAAAUAAUUAUUGUUAUUUGGAUGGUAUAUUAAUGAUUUAAUGACUGAAUAUUCAAUAAAAUAAAGCUCCUAAUUACUUUAAUAUACAAAAUGCUAGAAUCGCUUGAUAAGAUUAAGACUGUAAAAAUCUCUAUCAUUCUAAAAUUAUGUUGUUAUUGUUUAAGAUUAACAAUUUUAUUGCCAUUCUUCUCCCACACUGACUUCAGGUAAAAAUGUCAUCCAAAUUAAAUUCAGGACUUUUAUUCCAUUAAUACUAAUCGACAUGGCAAAAAAUUUUAUAACUACAGUUAGGGUCUUAAAAAAUAUCAGUUACUUGCAUUAAGAUAUGUUGGAGCUCCUAGCAGAAAAUUAUAUAUUAUAUAUUUAAAGAAAAGUGUUUGAAAUCUUUGAGGGAUCAUGCCUUUCAUCUCCAUGUCAAUGGGUAGCUUCUGCAGAGUCUUGAGCAAGAGUUGUUACAAGAACCAUCAUCAGUUCCAGUUUACUUUACUACAGAGUCAGAGUAUCUGGAUGAUAUCUAUUUAGAUGUUCAAGAAGGAAACUCAGGGGACAAUGCCCCCACUGCCUGGGAAGGUCAGUAAUACUGAUAUUCCUUGUUCACUCUUAUUUAAAGCUGGAGAGAAUAUUUUCUGCCCUUGUUAUGUGAAUAUUUUCAUUUAAUUAAAAUUUCAAUAAUUUUAGUAACAGUAUUUACUGGUUGCUUUUCAAAGAAAAACAUUUUAUUUCGGAUAAAAUACUAGCAUUAUUACUAUUGGCCUAGUUGUACAAGUAUUUGGUAAUGUUAACUUAUGUUACAAUUUCCUAUGUAAAAACAAACCAUUUUAAUUUGGUUAAAAUCCUAGCAUUAUUACAAUGGGUGCAGUUGUCCACAUACUUAGUAAUGUUAACUUUUGUUACAAUUUGCUAUGUGUAGAAAGCCAAGAAAGUAUUAGCACUUGAUUGAUUCAAUGAGACUUGCACCUUUUUCAGCCUUACUGAGCUCAGCUUCAGCAAAUGGGUUCCAGCUUGUUAUAUCUGGCAGUCCAGCUGAAGCCUUGCCAGACUUUGAAAUUGCCAAUAUUCAGGUAUUUGAUCAAAUUACAAUGUAUGAAUAACAGCUUCUAUAGAAAACUUUUAAUCAUGGUUAAGUUUUGAUAGAUUGCGGAUAUUUUAAGUUGACACCAUUUAGAAGCUCAUUAGACUAUCGUAAUAUUUAAUUAAAUGCAUAAAAGAAUUGGUGGUGUUGUGAAGAUGAUCAUAAUGUAGUUUACUUUGUUAAUGUUUAAUUUAUUGUGUAUAUUAAUUGAUAUUGCUGGUCAGCUGAUAAGGCUAUAAUUUACUUGGCUAGUGUUUAAUUUUAUUCAAUUUUUCAGGGCAGAUUAUCUGGAUAUGGCAUAGAGGAACAGCUUCCAACUAUAGUUAUAACUGCACAUUAUGAUGCAAUGGGAAUCGCUCCGGUAAAUAUUUUAUGUUCUGUAGACCAUUAAUUAAUUCUGUGAACAGUCAUAAUUUAUCUAUAAGUAAAUUAUUGCUUUGUUUUCUUGAAAGCAAUGUUUUGGCUCAUCAUUAUGAUUCAUUUGUGCAUAUUGUGUGUAAGAUACAUUGGUGCAUAUGGUGUGUAUGAUACAUUUGUGCAUAUUGUGUGUAUGAUACAUUAUGUGCAUUGUGUCAAAUACAUAUGUGUACAAUGUGUGUUUCAGGCAUUGUCUUAUGGAGUAGACUCUAAUGGAUCAGGAGUUAUCCUCUUAUUAGAACUUGCAAGACUAUUCUCCAAGCUUUUCACUAACUCAAGAACCCAUGCCAAGUAUCCUUUUCACAGACACAAGUAGCAUUACUUCGUCUGUUGCAGUGGUUACAAAACAAAUUGAUUCAUAAGCUUGUGUUUAAUUUUUCUGGAUCAGUAGUUCAAUAUUGUCAGUUGAGCCACCAAUUAUCAGCUCAAAUAAAAAAAAAAGAGAACAAUUUAGGUCUCUUAACAUUUUUUAGAUACAAUUUAGUCUUCCUGCUAUCUGGAGGUGGCAAAUUCAACUAUCAAGGAUCUAAAAAAUGGAUUGAAGAUAACUUUGAAGCAGCAGGUAAAAAUCUCCAUUGCUAAACAUAGAGAGAAAGUUAGAAAUCAUUUUUAAAUUACAAAAUUAAAGACUUAUUCAAACACUAAACAUAAUGGGAAAUUUAAUGCACUAAACAAUGCGAAAUGUAAUGCACUAGGCAAAGAUAGUUUUAAUACAUAUUUUUAUUAUUUGAUCUGUUUAGUCAGUCAUUGUAAGGCCUUAACACUGUUUAAUGAUGAGGUUAGUCACUGUAAGGCUUUUACACUGUCUAAUAUUGUGGCUUUUUAUAAUGAUGUGGUUAGUCAUUGUAAGGCUUUGUCACUGCAGACCUGUUUACACUUAUGAUUUUGGCGCACAAUGUACAAUUUUGAGAUGUCUUUUACGAUUGUUCGCCGAGACCCGUCAGAACUACGAUUUUUAAGUGACUGGAAUAAAAAAUAUAUACUCCAGUUGUUUUUUCAGAUUAAAAAAAUAAAAUUUAUUAAAAAGUACAUAUUCGGUUUUUAGUUUUAACUUACAUUUGCUUUCUACAUCCAGCAGUCAUUGCGAUCUGAGGGGGCCUUUGAAAUCUAUUUUAGAUCACUCUAAACAGCUGUAAGAUUUUUAAUACCCUCUCUUCCUUUUACCCAUUUACAACUUGUAGCUAUCAGACUGUAAUAUGUUAGCGGUAAAUAGGAAUGAGGGAUUUUGAUUCUUAUUUAUUUUUUUAAAAAACAACAUAUUUUCUUAAAAAAUAAAUCUCAAGUUACCUGGUAGUAUUUUUUUAAAAUGACGCCAUAAUUUUUAAAUUAAUUUUUAUCUUCAUAAAUUUUAUUUCUGCUGAUCUGACUUCAGCUUGAACCACGUUAAAUUUAACCAGUAUCUUUAUUUUUACCAGUGGCAGACUGUGAUAAUGUCAUCUGCACGUUCACCUAUUUAUUAAUUAAUAUCUAGAGCCGAUACACAUCUGCAAAACAUAGUCACAGCAGAUUGCAAUAUAAACAUCUGUCAUCUACUUUUAGAAGUUGCCUUUUUUGACGCCAGUUUAACUCGAUUCCACUAGACACGCGAUGCGAGUAGUUCAUUAUAUAUACAAAGUAUGUUUAUUUAUUUGCUAUUCAGGUACUAUAGUGUACGAUUUUGAGAUAAUAUUGUACGAUUUUUGGAGCUUGAGGUGUAAACAGGUCUGACACUGUCUAAUGAUGUGGCUAGUCAUUGUAAGGCUUUGACACUGUCUAAUGAUGAGGUUAAUCACUGUAAGCCUUUGACACUGUCUAAUGAUGUGGCUAGUCAAAGUAAGGCUUUGACACUGUCUAAUGAUGAGGUUAGUCAUUGAAAGGCUUUGACACUGUUUAUUGAUGAGGUUAGUCAUUGUAAGGCUUUGACACUGUUUAUUGAUGAGGUUAGUCAUUGUAAGGCUUUGACACUGUUUGAAGAUGCUGUUAUUUAUUUUAAGGUUUUGGUACUAUUUAAUAAUGUGGUUAGUUAUUGUUAGGCUUUGACUCUGUCUAAUGAUGUGGUAUGAAAUAUUUUUUCAGAAGGUAACAUUUUAUCUGAUGUUGCUUUUGUUCUAUGUCUUGACACCGUUGGAGCAACCAAUAAUUUGAACCUUCAUGUAUCGAAACCACCAAAGGAGGACAGUCCUGGAGGACAACUCUAUCAAGUACAAUUUGUUAUUUAUUGUGUUUGAAUCACUGGUUUUAGCAUCUAUAAACUUUAUUAUAUUUAAAGGUAAAGCUUAGGAAAACUGAAUAGAUCACAUUUUAAAAAGAUGCUGACUAUUGGAGGAGGGGAUUAAACAAUAAGUAACCUAAAGUUUUUCUUUAUUCUUAAACAAGUCAAGGUUUAAUCAUGAUAUCUGAAUAGAGUGAAAUAUGUUUGUAGCACAUUGAAGAUGUUGCCAAAGAACAUUUCCCUGAAGUUAAAGUCGGCAUGGUCCAUAAGAAGAUCAACUUAGCGGAUGAGAUGCUGGCAUGGGAGCAUGAGCGCUUUAGUAUUAAACGUAUGCUGGCCUUCACCCUUAGUCACCUUGACACGCACAAGAGCCCAGAUAGAACCACUAUUCUUGAUACAAGGUAUUUAUUUUACUAUCAUAAAAUAUGGGCAAAAAGCAAAUUAUGUGCAGUCUUGCAGCAUUUAUACCCAAGAACUGUCGGAUGAUGUCAUUCUUGAUUUCUUUACUUGUUGUCAUGGGCAAUUAUAAGAACAUGCAAUCAACUGCAUUUUGUUUCAAACUUGUAGUAUCAACAUCCCAAAGCAAGGGUGGAGGAAAUUAGAGAACAAAAACAAGCAGGGGUGGACCUGGACACCAGGGAAAUUCCAGAGGGGCUUCCAUGGUCUAAUAUAGUUGGGCUGGCCGGGGCACUUGUACAUUAAAAUAAAACUAACGUAUUAAAUUUCUUCUAAAAGAUUUUUGUUCUGUGCCAUUUGGAUACUCCAGUCCACCACCGUCUCAAAGGCUUACACCUUGAUUCCAUUAUUUAGUCUACAUUCAAGAUUUAAAUUCAAUUAAAAAUGUUACUUUGUAAACGGAGAAACUUGAAACCAAAAGCUUUUGUGUAGAAAUUGUAAUUAUUUUUUAAUUGUCACUCUUUCAUAUUGAUUCUUAUGUAGCUUUAAGUUGACUUAAAAGUGAAUCUGUCAAAAGUUACACUCUUUUGAAUUACAUGAAUUCUUCAAUUUUCAAUCUUAAAAUUUCUGUUCUUAUGACUUACUACAAUAAUGUAACGAAUAGACAUCAAAGUGAAAUUUCUAUUUUUAGAGAAAAAGUCAGUGCUGCUGUGAUCUCAAGAAAUGCCCAGCAUAUUGCUGAAGCUCUAGCGCGUCAGAUUUACAAUUUAACUAGUCAGGGCAGUUUCCAGAUGUUUACAGAUACACUGGUAAGCACAAUGUCAUUAUCGUUAGCUCUCUGUGUUGAUAGCAUUAUUUAAAAUUUUUUUUUUUUAAAGGCUAUAUUUAAAGACCAAAAAUACAUCCCAUCUUCUUAACCCUCUUGAAGCAAAUGGGCCGAUCUACCGGUCCAAGGGUUGAAUGGUGAAGAAAACGACAGGGCCAAUCUAUCGACCCAUUUAAUACAAGACUGGAGAUCGGCUGCCUGAUCUUUGUGCAAGCCAAUCAGAUUGGUUCUCACAUAUGUUGCUUAUCUCUCCAUUUUAAUGGCCACUUUCAUUGAUAGCUUACAGUUUACUGUUAUUUUAUAUAACUUUUUUGUGUACCAAGUAACCACUAUAAAGGUUAAAUAAAUGACCUAGAAACAUGCCACAAGGCAUAAUAAGCACCCCCAGUGGAAUACUUUAUGCAGUUUUACAUACUGAUUAAUUGAAUUCAUUCAAAUGUUUGUAAGGACUUAUUUAGGCUUCAACUAUCAGAAAAUUCAACACAAUUCAUUUAGAAAUAUAUUUUCAUUUUAAGUGUAAAAAAAAAAAAUGCAUGCAUCUAUUAUGUCCAUAAGGAUAUCUCAUUUGCAUAAAUGUUGAGAUUUCAGUUUGAUUCAUAAAGAUUGUAUCAUGUCAUUCAAUUUUCUACAAUUACAAGAAUUUAGUUUUUUUUAAUUGUGAAGUAGUUACUUUAUUUUGUAUAAUUAAUUUUGCAAAGUAAAUGGUGGGCUUGUGAAAAGGGCCCCGUUUUCUUGGCACCAAAAAUAAAAAAACGCUCUGUUUGAAAAGCGUUAACAAUAUUCUUGUUGAAUGUUUGAUCAAGAUGAACUAUAUCUAAUUACAAAAACUUUCUAUUCUCAAGACAGUGCAUGAGAUUUAAAAAUGAAAGAAAGCAACCAGUCAGAAUAUAAGUUAACAUUAAAGCAAGAUAAAUUGUCUUAUCUAAGAAACAUAAAACGGUUCUAUUUGUUUAGAAUUUUAAUAUCCCAGUUUUGUUAAUUUCAACUCUGAAUCUUUCAGUCAGUGGAAGAGUCAGUUGUGACAGCUUGGUUAGAUUACUUUGCCAGUGAGCCUAAAGCAGCCCAGCUCCUCAAGGCUGACUCAGAGCUAAUCAUGACGUUAGAACAGAUGAUGGCUCGCUACCUCAAAGAUGUUCGUAAAACGUCUAUCAAGGCAGAUAAAAGGUAAGGUUUCAAUUAUCAAUUUGUAAUGCUGCAAUGGGAAGUCAUUCUUGAUUUAGUCACUUGAAUAAUGUCUUGUUCUUUACUUACCACAUUUACUCAUUCAAAAGAUGACUUUAGGGGGAAAUAUUUCAAAGGAAUAAGUGGGGUAGUCAGCUUAUGAAAGGGUCAAAAGAGAUUUGAGUAAAUUUCUCCAGGUACAUUAAAUAAGGAAAUUGGUAUUGGAGAUUGCCGAGGUCCUAGUCCACCAUACUUUAAAUAUUAAUAACUAUCUGCACUUGGUCAUGUUUUAAAUAUUUUGAUUUCAAUAACAAUUUUUAUUGCACAUACUGACAUCAUUUUUUACAGCAUAACAAAAACAAAGAUGCUGGAAGUAGAUGGCGUCAUAUUUAUCACCGGCAUAAUCUCUUCCUAAAUAUUCUUUGGUAUUGUUUUGCUUACACUGUCAUCAUAUUAUUUUAUGAGUUGGCUUAUGAGUGGGUAAUACGCUCUCUAGGCUUUUUCCCCAUCCAAGGCUUAGGGUGUCAGCUUAUGAAGGAAUGGGCUUUAGAACAAGUAUCUGUGGCAUGUUGCAUAGGAUUAGUCCUAAAUGUUUCUCUUUAUGGAUUUAAUCAUGUUCUGUUUUUGUUCAUAAAAACAUUGGGUGACUGUUUGUUUCAGAGACCCAGAAUUUGUCUUCUACACUGGAGCUGACUAUGUGAUGAAUGCUUACAAGUAAGUUUAAUUUUAAUAUCUUGUUUUCAAUUUUCUUAAAACAUUAGAUUCCACCUAAUGUGACCACUGGUCAGUGGGGGGCCAUUAUUACAUUGAUUCUUUGAAAUCAUUUGCAUGUAUACAAUUAACAAAUUAUAAGAUUGUUGGACUGCAAUAAAGAUUUAAAGAAAGUAGAUUAAUUAGACACAAACAAUAUAUCUUCAGCUUUAAUUAUCAUCAUGCAGAAUACGAAGGUAAACGUUUCGGCAAAUACUUUUAUCAGUUUUAAAAAAAAAUGUUGAUGGUAUAAAUUAAAUUGACAAAUGUAGCUAUACAUGUAGACUACCUAAAAAUGAAUGAAAAGAAUAAGAGUGGGCGCAAGUCCCUGACAAAAAACAGUGAGUGGAAGUAAAAUUUAUGAUGUUACUUCAUCAAGUUUUUUAAGUCUCAACAUUUAACCCAGAGACCAGUAUAGAACAGACAAAAUACAUUCCAUUAGAGGCAACAUAAUUCAUGAGCUUAUAGAAAAACGAAUCUCUGAUCUUUGCUGUUUGUUUCUGUGUUCAUUGAUACCAUUAUGCUUUCUCUCCCCUUUCCUACGAAAGUGUGAAGCCGGCUGUAUUUGAUCUCUUCCUUGCCCUUUGUAUUGCUGGUUACCUGGCUUUGGCUUACCUGUGUGCCCAGGUGAGUUUAUAUCUCUACUUUAUCAUUUAUCAGGACAUUCAUUACCUUAUAAGUUCAUUAUUUCAUAUAAUAUUGUGUGCAUUAUGUAAUAAUUUUGAAAAUUUUAACAUGGCACCUGAUUAAAUUCUGUUAUUGAAGGGAAAGUCAUAGAGCUGUGACUCGGGCCUAGACACAAAAUCAUCGGUGAACUUGGCCUAGACAUAAAGCAUAAAGUCAUAGAUCAGUGAACUGGAUCUAGACAUAAAGUCAUAGAUCAGUGAACUUGGCCUAGACAUAAAGUCAUAGAUCAGUGAACUUGGCCUAGACAUAAAGUCAUAGAUCAGUGAACUUGGCCUAGACAUAAAGUCAUAGAUCAGUGAACUGGAUCUAGACAUAAAGUCAUAGAUCAGUGAACUUGGCCUAGACAUAAAGCAUAAGGUCAUAGAUCAGUGAACUUGGCCUAGACAUAAAGCAUAAAGUCAUAGAUCAGUGAACUUGGCCUAGACAUAAAGCAUAAAGUCAUAGAUCAGUGAACUUGGCCUAGACAUAAAGCAUAAAGUCAUAGAUCAAUGAACUUGGCCUAGACAUAAAGUCAUAGAUCAGUGAACUUGGCCUAGACAUAAAGUCAUAGAUCAGUGAACUUGGCCUAGACAUAAAGUCAUAGAUCAGUGAACUUGGCCUAGACAUAAAGUCAUAGAUCAGUGAACUUGGCCUAGACAUAAAGUCAUAGAUCAGUGAACUUGGCCUAGACAUAAAGUCAUAUAAACACUGUAUUAUUCCAGUAUGACUGCAAGAUUGUUUAUGGAUUAUAAAACAAAGUAAACAUACCUCAUUAAGAUAUGUAUGUUCACAAUAUGAACACUCCACUCUAAUAAGAUAUGUAUGUUCACAAUAUGAACACUCCACUCUAAUAAGAUAUGUAUGUUCACAAUAUGAACACUCCACUCUAAUAAGAUAUGUAUGUUCACAAUAUGAACACUCCACUCUAAUAAGAUAUGUAUGUUCACAAUAUGAACACUCCACUCUAAUAAGAUAUGUAUGUUCACAAUAUGAACACUCCACUCUAAUAAGAUAUGUAUGUUCACAAUAUGAACACUCCACUCUAAUAAGAUAUGUAUGUUCACAAUAUGAACACUCCACUCUAAUAAGAUAUGUAUGUUCACAAUAUGAACACUCCACUCUAAUAAGAUAUGUAUGUUCACAAUAUGAACACUCCACUCUAAUAAGAUAUGUAUGUUCACAAUAUGAACACUCCACUCUAAUAAGAUAUGUUUCAUCAUAAUGAACCGUGCCUAAUUAAUGACAUGUGUUUGGUCACAUUAUUAACAGUGCCACUCUAUGAGAUGUGUGGUCACAUAAUGAACAGUGCCACUCUAUGAGAUGUGUUUGGUCACAAUAUGAAUAGUGCCACUCUAUGAGAUGUGUUUGGUCACAAUUUGAACUGUGGCACUCUAUGAGAUGUGUUUGGUCACAAUUUGAACUGUGGCACUCUAUGAGAUGUGUUUGGUCACAAUUUGAACUGUGGCACUCUAUGAGAUGUGUUUGGUCACAAUAUGAAUAGUGCCACUCUAUGAGAUGUGUUUGGUCACAAUUUGAACUGUGGCACUCUAAUGACAUGCUAUUUGUGCAUUACUGGAAAAAAUCUCUAUUCACCAUGUAUUAAGCUGUUGAAGAUAUUGAAAGGCCUUGACAUUGAUAAAAUGUUAUUUUUCCACCUUGCAGAACUUCCACAUCAUUUACUAUGCACUCAAGCUAACUGUGAUACCAGUCAGUCCCAAAUCUAAAGUCAACUGAGAGAUCAUUUAGUAAGUCACAUAUGUAAGUCAACUAAGAGAUCUUUAAGUAAGUCAGAUAUCUAAAACUAAAGUCAACUCAAAGAUCAUUAAGUAAGUCAAAUAUCUAAAUCUAAAGUCAACUCAAAGAUCAUUAAGUAAGUCAGCUAUCUAAAUCUAAAGUCAACUAAGAGAUCAUUAAGUAAGUCAGCUAUCUAAAUCUAAAGUCAACUAAGAGAUCAUUAAGUUAGUCAAAUAUCUAAAUCUAAAGUCAACUAAGAGAUCUGUAAGUAAGUCACAUAUAUGUUUACUAAGAGAUCAUUAUGUUAAUCAUAUUCUAAAAAAAUUCCAUUUAUUGACUUCACUUGAUACCUAAUUACUUUGUCUAAUUAUAUAAUGAACAUUUUCUGUUUUUCCUUUACAGUAGAUUUUCACCAUAUGGUUUAAAUAAUUUUUUAAAAAAUCUGUUUAAAUAUUCUUUAUGUUUCAGAAAUUCAGCUUUAACAGAAUUUGCAUCAUUACCAUUUACUGUAAUAUUUCAUGAUUCCCUUUAAGUAGCUAAUUUAUUUUGAUAAGUUUGAAUUGAGAUGAUUUCAUGAACUAGAAGAACAUAGUUACCAUUUUAUCCUUUCUGUCACAUUAUAAAUCUGUUUAAGUUGACCCUUUUUGAUCUGACUAAAUGUAAAGAAUGAAAGAAUUCACUAUGAAAUUUCACAUGGGUUAUAAUUUUUUUUUUAAUUAGCUAUCCUUUGUGUUUACCUGCAGUGAAAAAAUUAUUUGCAUUUAUUAAUAAGUACACCGCAAAUUAAUGGUUUGGUGAUACACACAAUGCUACUGAUCAAACAUUAGAGAUAAUAGUUGAUGAACUUAGUCUCAGCUCUACAGAGCAUUCAGCUUGUAUUUAUCUUUUUUUUUCUUUUUUUAAAUUGUUUGUUGGAAUCCAUUUUUUUAUUGUUGUAGUCUCUCAAUCCAUCAGCUCUUUCAAAAGCUGAGUAAUCAACCAUUUUUAAGAUUGUAAGUUUAAAUCGUUAGGAAUUAACAUAUUAUACACAUUUUCAGUUAAACUAUUAAUUGACUGAAGCAUAUUCUCUCAGAUUCUCUAUGCCGUAACUGUAACUAGUUGAAUCAAGCCCUCUCUUUCAACUGAACCAGUAACUCAACUUUUUGUAAUACCUAUAUCUACUUUUUCAACCCCCCUUUUUCAUGUAAAUUUUUUUAUCACAUUUGUCAUAAGAUUUUUAAAUCAGUAUUGCAUUUGAAAAGGGGCUUUGCAGUUUCCAACUUGCCAUGUGUUGCUUUGAGAAGCCAGUGUGAUUCCAGUUAUUUAAUCCUAAACUUUAGGAUCACCAGUUGCAUCAGAACAAUAAUGGGAAGGCCUAGCCGUGAUCUCAGGUCUUGUUAGUCCUGUGUACGCCACUUGCGUUAGGAUGACUGAACAUUUCUAACAGUCCUGUGUUUACUAUGUUUGACAGGAUGAGUGAAUGUUUGAUACGGUUGAAAUUCUGGUUGUUUCUCAAGCAAUGAAAAUCAAGUCAAGGCGCAAUAAAUCUCAAGGCAUUUAUUGCCCAAAAGGACUUUGCUUUGAACAUGGUGUGUGGUGAGAAAUCUUGGAAACUUAUUUUUAAAAUAAGCGUAGGUCAGAGGUCAGCUCCCCUAACAAAUAUCUAAACAGGUUUGAGAGAAACUUUCUUUCCUUAAUCAGAAGUUCCAUGUACACAUUUAAUCAGCAAAUGUGUGCAUCUGUCAGCCCUAAGGUUAACAUUUUGUUUUUAACUAUGUGUGCAUCUGUCAGCCCUAAGGUUAACAUUUUGUUUUUAACUAUGUGUGCAUCUGUCAGCCCUAAGGUUAACAUUUUGUUGUUAGCUGUGUGGAUCUGUCAGCCUUAAGGUUAACAUUUUGUUGUUAGCUGUGUGGAUCUAUCAGCCCUAAGGUUAACAUUUUGUUGUUAGCUGUAUGUUUAUCUAUUCAAGUCUUUAAUCUUAUUCUUUAGAACUCUUACUUUUAUGUACUACAAUGUAUCUAUGUUUAGUUGUGACAGAUCAUAUUGUAUUGUCUAUUGGUAAAUGACAUACGUGACAAGUAGACCAAAUUUAAUAUAUGAAUUUAUCUUUAAAUAGCAAAUAAUGGUGCAUUUUUUGUGGACACUAACUUUUUGGGAAAGAUAAUGAAGUCUUAUGACGUGGCAUUUGUCAAUGUUGGACACAGUAAAUGUGCAUCAUGUCGUCUGAUGCCUCCAGCAUUUGUACAUGUCUUAUGAUGUGGCAUUUGUCAAUAUUGGACACAGUAAAUGUGCAUCAUGUCGUCUGAUGCCUCCAGCAUUUGUACAUGUUUCAUUUGGUAACUGUUCAUUCUUCUAUUGAAAUGUUUCCCCAUGUUGCUGGCUACUGAAAUCAUGUUGACAACACCCUUACAAAAUGUUUAGACUUCAUGUGUAGAACUGGUUGGCCCACAAUACACAUUCAUAAUGUGUUAGCUAAGCAAAAUACAUGUACUUCAAAUGAAUAAUCCCUUGUAGCUAGUAUUUAGAGUGUAGAUUUUUAUGGAUAAGUUGCAUGCAAAGAAAAGUAAUUUAAAAUUCAAAUUGAUGCAUAUGUUUUGUUUAAAAAGAUUAACAACCUCAUUUUCUUGUAGCUAUAACUUGAAUGUAAUAGUGGAAUGUCAGCAGACUUUGUAGCUAUUACUUGAAUGUUAUUGUUAGAUGUUGUUUCGUUAAUUUCUAAACCAGUUGGUUACUUCCAGAUGUUGUCUUUGAAUGAUUCGUUUUGUAGACAAGAUGCAAACUGUACAGACACUGUCAUUAAAAUCCAG